AUGUCUAGGAUAUGCGGUAAUUGUCGUUAUAUAAAUUUCAAGAUGCGAUUAGAAACAAAAGUAAUAAUCCGUAAAGCUUUAUAAAGAAUAUCCACUCAAUAAUGAGUUUCUGGCAUGCGCAUGCAUUUGAUGGUUAUAUAAAUAACAUAAUUAUCAUUGUCGUUGUAAGAUUAAAAUUGUAAUUAUGAAUUAAUUAGUCGAGUCUGCGACUGUCUAAAGCAGGCUACUUUUACGAGGAUCGACCUGUUAUUGUUAACGUGUGAAAUACUUACACCCAGUAAUUUAUUCUUGCUUGAAAGCGCUGUAAAUAGGCUUGCUGUGAACGUUUUGGCGUCAGCGUCAAAUUUGCUAAUUUAUGUAUAUUUCCGUCCCCUCGGAUGAAGUUCGAAUAAUUCGAAUUAAUAGCUUCCAUUUUUAAGUCCUUAUGAAUAUGGAUUUUUUUCGCACACCACACCUACUGAAUCAAAAAAGAUAGAUUUAUUGCAAACCGCCAUGACAAACUGGUGUACAAAAUGUGUUAUGUUGCAAUGUCAAUUUAUACCAUGGUUACGUAAAAAUACAAUUUCUGAAACAGUGUAGGCGGGAAAAAUACGUCCUUAGAUGUCAACGUACAAGCCCGUACGUUGUACAAGGCCUAGGCCUUGUACCGCAGGAGUACUGUGCAAAUCUGCACAAUAUUUAAAUAUUUGUAUGUAGGCGGGACUUGUGAAGAAGUCUAGCCAUUAUCCACGCUGGAAGCCGUCCACAUUGCUGUUGUUUCACUGGUGGUGAUUAAGCUGUUAGGGGGUAAGAGCAAAUUUAUAUUUCACUUACACUCAUAAUUAUGAGCGUUUUAAAUUAACUUAAAACGCUGUGCUUCGUUCGACAUUUUCCGUCACCCGCUGGACUGUAGGACGAUCACUAUCGUGGAAGUCCCAAUGAUUUUAAAACUCUUUUAAUUCUGCACAGUUUUGUUUCGCAUAUUACCUGCACGACCCCAGUUUUUGAGUCAGAUGAAAUCGAACUGCCUCAAGUCUCCCAUAGCGGAGUAAGCGCAAUAUCUCAUAGGAAAAAAACAUCAUUAAAUUUUCUUCCGUUAACCUUCAGGAAAGGUAUACAUUUCACACGCAGUAACAGUAUCUAAUGUUUUUUGAUCAUUACUAUGCAAUUCCAGGCGUAAAAUUCAACUAUGCGUACUACCUUUUGUGAGUCAUGUGGAAUGGUAUUACGAAAAGGAACACAGGCAAAAAGCAAGGACGACUAUCGUCAUCGAGCUCCCCCAUAAUCCGUGGUACGAGCGUAAAAUUCUGGCCAUUGUGCAUCAAGCCAAGCGUGACAUUCUAGCUCUGUCGGUUGCGACUGGGAAUAUAGUAUCACACAGAAGUUGCAUCUGUGUUUACGUUUCUUUUGCUGGCGUUUCUUCAUACUACUUAGUUACCAGAAUAAAACAGAAUAAGCGUGCUCCGUUAGAACAGUAGAUCUGUAAUCACAGUUUACACAUGGAUGCCAUAAGUAUCUCAUAAAUGCAUGUUAUACUGGUUAUGUUAAAAAUUCUAUCAAGUUAACUUUGAGUACAAUUGCUGAAAACCUUAUUUCCAAUGCCUGGACGGUCGUUCAAAGCUAUAUUUUAAAUACGUAUAUGCGACAUCUGUGGAUGUAGGAUGUUUUAUAACAGGGGCGACCAUUUAAACAAGAAAAUUUGACAUGACAAACUCAAUAUAUCCCAGAACCUUGGAUAAAACUCAAGACGAAUGAUGCAAUUAGUGUAUCGAAGCUGACAUGUUGCUUUAUAUAAAACAGAAAUAUAUAGCACAAAGAAAGUAAAGAAUAUUCAUCUUUCAGAUGGCCUCUUAAGUCUACCGUGAACAAUUUUGGGUAGAUAACGCAAACAUUUGCAAAUGUCUAACUUCAGAUAACAAUACUACCCCGUUCUCCUGAAAAUGGCCUCUACGGAUCGCACUGAUUGAAGCUACUCACGGGUUUUUCUGUGUCCAUAAACCUGACAAGGUUUACAUUGAUAGAUGAAGCGAAGAGUUCAUUUUGUUUUCAUUAUUUAGUCACGUUGAUUUAAUCCGGACCAACCCUAGUUAGUUUGUCUUUGAAAAAUUGAAGGCGUGAAUUUAUUGUACACAGCUACCGGUCUUGAGAGGAAACAGGUUGUCUUGUCAAAGAACUAAUUUUUUUGUCCUCACGUUUCCAAGUUCCACGUCGUUUGGUCUUUUAAAUUUUGAACGGAGUCGGCGCACAGAGCGCGACAGAUAACAUCUUCGCCUUUUGGUGGUUCUUGACACACAUGGGCUGUACAUUGUGGACACCGCUUGGUGCGUACUGCUGAUGUUUAGGUCAUUGUCGAUUUCUCAUGUGACCGCAGUGACACAGGCAAUGCAGGUCAUAUCCAAUGUAUUUCCUAAUCAUCCUCAUUAACCUAACUAUAGCAUGGUCGCAGAAGUCUCUUGAUAAGGGCAAAUGAGUCGUUAUUCUGAGGACAUUAGAUACACGGCAAGUAUAGUUUGCUUUUGCAUUUUCUAUACUGCGUGUAUAUGCAUUCUUCAUUACAGAGUCCUUGCACAAUUCCCUUUUUGGUUGAAAUAGUUGGGGGUGAAUUCGACUGUCUAUAGCAUGCUCGUGUUUUUCUCGUGCCCGGCUAUUUCAAGAUCGCCUUCUUACUGUCUGUUGACGAAUCUCACCUAAAAGUCACCGUCUGUCUCCUCUGUUACUUUUACCUCGAUAUCGGGAAAGUCAAAGUUAAACAGAUGUUUUGGAAGUUUCAUCAAAAUACUUUACAUGAUUGGGAUCCACUUUCACAAAGGGUUUGAUCUCCUGACCCCCUUAGUGUAAGCUCUUCGAUCGCUGUUGAGUGCAGAAGCUGUGAUAACUCAUUAUGCUAUUUGUUAACCACAUAAAAGAACGUAAGUUUGCAUGCAAGAAAUCUGCCUCGAUUUCCACAUAGUCUGUUUAAGUGUGGCUGUGAUCUUCGAAGACGUUUUACGGUCUCUUAUAUAUUAAUGUCUGUACCACACUCCGUGAACAAGCCGCUAAUACGGAGGUCAUAUUAGUGCGUCGAAUACAGGUCGUUAUUCGUCUAUGCCGGAUUGGGAAUGCAGGAUGUAUUGGAAGACUUUCUAGAUAAUAUAAUAUUAAUACUUACUUGUAUAGUUCGUUAUUAGCAUGGCAGGCCUUAUGUAGGAUUACAAUUACUUAGUUGAACUCCAUAUUUCUACUGGGACAAAAGAAAGAAUAACUUUAAAUGCUCGAAGGCAAAAUUUAGUUUUCGUUUUUUCGACUUUUCUUUUCGCCAACGACAGAAUGCUGUGCUAGGACAUAUACAUCUUCCAGUGGUUUUGUAUGAUAGGACUACAUAGCCUGACAUAAAACGCGCGAAAGAGAGCGCAAUCUAAUCAUAAAACACCGAGCAAUUAAAAAAUUACUCUAAAAAUCGAUAUUGACGUACGCAGAUUUUGUGGUUAACAUUUUGCCGAGGAUGCGUAUUCGAGACUGUUGUUAAUGCGCAAUAGGUCAACUUCACUCCGAAUGGAGUCCAUUAUUAACGGGUAAACAAUCAACACUUAUGAUAACAAAGCCAAAUUGUUUUGAAGAGGAUGCAAACGAGCCCCAAACCCACAAUUGUCUCAAUUUUCCUUUUGUCUUUGCCAAUUUACUGCUGCUAUUGUGUACUUCGUUACGGAGUGAUUAAUUAGCUGAAUGUUUAAUCGUGGUCCUUACCACCCUACUCAUAACUCCGUUGUUACGGAAGACCAAAAUAGCAAUAUUUACACAUACUUGUAGAAAUGAACAUAUAAGUUACUGUGUCCGACCCGAAAUCUCCGAAGACUUUUGCUCCUAUUGUGCUGUCAACCUAUCGUUUAGCCUCCAUUUGCAAAAUCUCUGUGCAGUGUGAGAGUACGCGUUCGUGUUUCCAGUCGCAGAUCUUGAUCAGCUCUAUGACGGACUGCUAGAAGUAUGAAUAGGCAAGCGGCAGCAACCCACUCGGUCCCCUUAUCGUUUUUGCCCUUUCCCACUAUCUAAGAAGCACAAGUAAGCCCAAAACUAAGCCAUCAUCAGACCCGGUAAAAUUAGUCCGUCGGUAAACCAGUAGGGACGAUCGCAAGUCACCGUAAAAGUUAAGUCCGUGGGCUGAAACUUAAAUGCAUGGCGAUCGGGAGGGUCCUGUAAAAGAAAAGCGUUCCCAUUCAAGAGAGAUUAAUGUUCCCGUCUCCUCUGGAGGCCCUAAAGUCCUCCCUACUCAAUUGCUCACUUGCUGCUUCAUAUCAACUUGGUCUCCCGUGUGUGAAUUAACACGAGUCACUAUCCACUGUAGUGAAUUUGGUUAGCUGAUAUAGUUUACAUUACAUGGACUAGGACACCACAAGUUUUUAAUACCCGGUACUGCAGUUGAGGCGCGUAUCGUAAAUACUCUGUCAUUAUCCCCGAGGACAACGUGACUCUGCUGGUGAACUAGAGCCAAAUUCUAAGAUAUGCACUCCACUAGGACGUGUCUUUGGGCAAAUAGCCUACCUGGAAGGACCUGGAGGCGUGCGCGUACCAACUAUCUUCUAUCACUCAUGUUUGGCUGACUUGGUACCGAUCAACCACAUCUGUUAUUUCCAAAUCAAGGAUAUAAAACAACGCCUAUUUUAACUUUUAUUGACUAAUCAGUUUUCAGAGAAUGUCACAUGCUUCUCUUCUAACCAACAACCUUGAUCUGAAGAGGAAUAAGAUGAAGCACGGGAGGAAAAACCAUAGAGAAAAAGAGGGAGAAUGGGAUGAAUGAGAGUUUAAUCAAUGGCUGGCAACCCUGAAGGCAAUCACGGUAUAUGUAGGUUGUUAACCCCCACAUUUCACGCAUUAAGGCGGGGAUUGUGGAAAAUAUUCAACGCUUGUUAUGCAGAAAAGAACAAGCUAACAAUAAAAUUUAUAAGAAAUCACUCUGUGUUUGCUGGUUAGCUUGUGUACUUUUGAUUGAUACAGAGCGAAAACGUAUUGGUUGCUUGUGGAAAAAUAGAGAACUACAGUAUGGCACAUGCGGGAAAAACUCCCUUGACAUCGACCACACUUGCGUCUUUUGAGUCCUCCUUGUAAAUUAAUAAUAAAGAACGGGUUGACUUUGCUUGUUUGCGUUAAGACGGACCAUCCUCUACCCAAACCAGACUUAAGGAGGCAUCCACAGAUUACAAUUGAACUUUUGAGAUCGUCCCAGCAGAAGCACUUCAAGCAACCUAAUGCAUUUCAUCAGACGCAAACCUGCUUAGUGUACUCAGAAAAAUACUUUGUGCUAAAGGUGGCAUCGGUAUCCGUUUAUUCUUUGAACCCGCCGUCAGGCGUAGGAGUGAUGUGCGAAAUUAGUUAACUUUUUGACCUAGAAACAAGCGUUAUUUUCUAACCUCCGUUUCUGAAGGAAUCUCAACCCUCGAAAGUGUUUUUCCAGUCCUACGGCCAUCCAGAUGCCUGAAUCAAUCACUUGGCGAAUAAUUCCUCGCCCAAAAACUAUUUGAAGUGCUCAAAUGACAGUUUAAAAACAGCCGGUGCAGGAGGCACAAACACCAGCAAAUAUUUCGCUCACCUAGCCUGUGCAACCUAAGCAUAGGGUUGACCACUUUAGUAGAAAAGCCAUCUGCAAAAUCUGAUGUGUCAGUCGCGAUGCAGUCUAUUGUGGAGAAACAGGAUAAUCUGCCUCCACAAGUAUAGGUGGGCAUCAGCUAACGGUGAGGAUGUGAGACCAUCGCACUGGACACUGGACACACAUUUGCAUUGGAGGAUGCUUACAUAAUUGGUGUCUGCCCGAUACGGAAAGGCGGUGAAUUUCUGGAGGCAAUACACUGGUACAGUGCAUGAAUAAAUUUGCUUGUCAAUUUGGAGGUCUGACACACGAGUUUAAAUGGAAAAAUAGACAAAUGCAACAAAUCUCGACGUAGUUACAGGAUAGAAGGGACGUGCAUUGAGCCGGUUUCAGCAAAACAGGAUAGCUCACUAGACACUGUUAAAAAUAUAACGGUGUUUGUACAUGUUCGGGGAACCUACACCACAGACCUGCAUGAUAAACGCUGUUUCGUUCCCAAGAAGCUUGACUGCGCCAUAAAUAAAUGUACUCGGUUGCUUUUUCGUGUAUGUACAUAUACAUAUGCAGGAAAGAGUAUUAACAAAGACAGGGAGAGUGGAAUGGCCAUUUCUGUUUUAUUAAUCGUCGUUCACUAGGCAUACCUAAACCAAAAUUUUAUACGGCCUAGGAUGCGAACACAGAUUACCCGGUCAAUGAGCGUUAUGAAGUCCAACGCUUUACCCCUGGGCCACGGGCCCAUUGACUUGUCAGUUGUGAUAGAGCAUAUCGAAUAUGGCGGGAGGAGUUCACCGCCUGUCAAAAUUAAACGGGUCAGGAGUGCCUCACUCCACCAUCUCCUUACACGACAACUUGGCCAUCAAGAUGUCCAAGUGACCUUACCAGCGGCCUUGUUUCCUUCUCAAAGAUUCAGAGUGGACAGUGAAGUCCGCUAAACGGUUUCUGACGCCUAUCGGGCAUACAUAACUAGGAUCAAACGAGGUUGUGGUGUUGUUUGACGUGAUCUCAUUAUUAACCUCUAUCCUAACCGGUAUUUCUAUCAGCGUCACUCACGAACUUCUCCGGAAAAAAAUAUGUUAGAGCUGAGUAAUUGCUCAGGUGAGUGUGCCGCAUUGAAUUCCUUACACUGUAAUUCGGAAUUUUGCUCACCUUCGAUGGCGGGGCUUGCAAGCAAAAGAGUGGAACACUGAUUGGCUUGUCCUCUCUGGAGCGAUAGCUGAAGCGGUUCUGCAGAGGCUCGAGCUAUUGAGCUUUAGCUCGCACUUCCCAAAAUUGUGGGCCAGUUAUGUCGACAACCCAUUCAUGGAAAGAAGAAGAAGAUACGAUCACUAAAACAAGACGUUUAUUGGCCUGACGUUUCGGAUUCUCACACGAGCUCUUCAUUAGACACAGUCGCAGAUAAGGGUAGUGGAGGCACAAGAAGGGCAGUAUUUAUACUACGUAGCUGCCGUGAGGCCAUAUGCAUACCACAACUAACGGGGGUCGUAAUUGAUGCGAUGAUGGCUUGUCAGUCAGUGUCCGAGUCGUUAAUGCCCGCGAUUUAAUCAUCCGUAUCGGAUGUUGGCGUGAUUACUGCUAGGCAAUUUUGCUCGCUCUCAUUGGAAUUGUUCAUCGCCCUCACCACGGCCGCUUCUAUCGACAUUCGAAUGAAUCGAGAGGAGCAGCAAAAGAAUCUUUGUUGAACUCCGUUUCCUGUCAUCCAGUUUACUUUGGAAGAAAAAAUCACCAGUCACUCGCCCUUCCGUGAUAUACAAGUUACAAGGAUGGCAGACGGGGAGAUGAGGACAACGGCCUAACGUCACGUAUCUAACACUGGGCAUAUCCUUCUUUUCAGAAGCAGUCGCCCCAUUGGUCACAAACGCAGUUGCGUCGGGUCUCUCUUCAAACUCGUUCAAACGUGCGACUUGGAAUUCACUGACCAAAGGAUCCCGGUUCGAAUCCCAGGUCAUCCAAAGUUGAGACUGGGUGUGGCUAGCUGACAACGGUCGCUAGGCCAGAAACGGCUAUUCCUGUCUCCCUUGUCUCUGCCUGUACCUAUUCCUGCAUCGUAUAUUUAUGCAUUCUUUGAAGUCUGUACCAGCCGUGGCAAACAGAGAAAAGGUGAAUGUAGCAGGAAAUUUUCUACAAAUAGAUCAAAUAAUAAAUGUGCAAAUGGUACUUUUUAGGAGAUACCUAUGGAAAUUUAACUCGGGUUUGAAAGACCAGAUGUGAACUUCUCCAAAUACCGACUAAAAGUUGAUGAACACUGCCAAAUGGAGAUGAAAAAAUGUACUCUAAGUUAAUUUAUAUGUUACAUCUUAGUUGAUUAUGAAAACUAUCUAAGAAAAAUGCGUCUUCACUUUCUCUUGAGCAAAAUUUUUGAAAAACAUGUAAGCAUGAAUUUGGCAGACCGAAGAAGUAUGGAAGGUAAAACUGCAUGGUAGAUAUUUGCCGCUGACAUUUUUAGUGAAUACAACUGGCUGGGAUGAACGUCUAUAAAAAUCAGAAGAUGAUCGGUCGCUUGAGUACUGAGUUUGCCUAAUCACACGAGUCACGCGUUCUUUUGCCGAAGGUUUGCUGUGCAGAAAAGUUUAAAAAUUACUGUAGAUACGUACGCAAAAGAUUGGUGCUGGCUCUUUGGACAAAGAUCUAGCUGCCGCUUUCGUAAUCCCCAUCGGAUACUGUUAACGGAUUUAGCGUCUCUAAGGCUAAUUUAUUUCUAUCUCGGCUUUUCUUUAUCAAUUUAGUGAACCUACAAACGAAAGGGAGGAAGUAUCCGCCAAACGACCCGAGGUGCGAAACCGACGUCGGUUUGGUCAAGAUCUUCACUCAGGAUGAGUGGAAUAAGCUCCAUGCGCGAAUGCAUGCGGAGGAGCUCCAGGCAAAGGAGCGGGAAAAGAUCCGUCAGGCCCGGGAAGAGAUGAAAGAGAAAUCAAAGGAAAUGUACAAGGAUUGGACAAACACAUAUCUGGUGUGUGUGUGAACAUCCGUGUAACGUGAUUUCGGCGAGACUACCUUAGCAAAUGCAAAUGUUGUUGUAGUUUUAUGUGCAUAUUUGGUUUGGAAUGCGUCAAAUUUACUCUGUUCGAGUACGUAGGUCAGCUGUGGGUGAUUUUGUAUUCCACAGACAGCCAAUAAAUAGCUCUAUUUUUGGAACAAGGUCUGAUUACAACUCUCUACAUUACAAGUAACUCCUACCUCACUGAACUGCCUGCUCGAGCCCAGCGUCCGGCUGCUGUCGACAACGCCCCCAUACGAUUCGGUUUACUUAACAUCGUCACUAAUCUGUUCUUUGAAACACUACUGGCUUCGAUGGCUCGUCUUCCCACCAAGUACGAGAUGCUAGAUAGGCUGACUGUUUGGUCCAAGCACUACUAGCUUAGUCACAGCCGGACGUGUUAAAGAUGCUAAUGGCAUUGAUGCCUUAAUGGUGAUUAUGGUGGCGAUGAUGAUGAUGACGACGACGACGACGACGAUGAUGAUGAUGAUGAUGAUGAUGAUGAUGAUGAUGAUGAUGAUGAUGAUGAUGAUGAUGAUGAUGAUGAUGAUGAUGAUGAUGAUGAUGAUGAUGAUGAUGAUGAUGAUGAUGAUGAUGAUGAUGAUGAUAGCGAGGAGGAGGGGUAGGAACAGAACAACAGUAAGGAGGAGCACAAAUACUUACCUGCGAGGUGAUUCAGAAUUGACCUCUUAGGCAUGUAUCAGACCUCGUAGGCAGUACAACCCUGCUCACUUCCAAAUAAGAUUUUAAAUUCCGCUAGAAGCCUUUUACCACUUGUCUUCAUUUGUUUGUACUGCUGCCUGUAGCAUUCAGUCCGUGACCUCUCUUGCCAACAUCUAGAUGUUUGCAAAUAGCGCUUCCAAUGUUUGAAGUCCUGAGAAUACUUUUCACUCGAUCCCCAAUUAGUCCCCUGUCCAACGUGGAAUUCGUCUAACUGCGGGGCUGGGACUCUUUCCAAGGUGCGUGUGAGCACAGUGGCUUCCUAAAUUAACCAGCCUUCUACGUGUUUAACAUGCGACUUGGUUCUUACUCUGCGUGAACCGGGUUUCACUUAGAGGGGCCUCGAAGUCCGCAGAAGUCGGAGGUGCAAAGAGGGCUACAUUCGGAAGGGACAACUGCAGUCCAACCCUCACCCGAGUGGAGAGUGGAGUUACUUCGUCAGCGGACCACCUUCCAAAUUACGAAUUAAUGCGUCGUGAUAUGUUCACGCACGUCAUAUAUAUAAUAGUGAGGAGCGCGUGGAUUGCCAAUAGGAAGAAUAUGGGCUCGUAGCCCAGCGGUUGGAGGCGUGGACUUCUAACUAACGGGUCGCGAGUUCGAGCUUCGGGUGUUCCACACUUCGGGGUUAGGUAUGACUGGCUGACGACGGCUAAUAAACCAGAAAUGGCCAUUCCAGUCUCCCUUGUCUUUGUCGAUAAUGCCAGUCUGCCUAUAUCAUGCGCCGCUGUGCGACUGCUGGUUAGGCUCGAGAAAGAGCCCGUAAGGCAUAACGGAACGAGUGAGUUCCGUAAGAACGAUCGGUGAGCGCCCCCUACCGCUCUCUCUUCCCUCCGUCCGCUGCCCGUGUCUGUCAGUCGACGGGUCAUGGAAUCGGGCCCUCAGCACCUGGUACCCAUAAUUUACAAGUGUAUGUAAAUACGAUUCUUACCACCGCAUUCUACAGUUAGGCUUGCGCGAUUGUGCUGAUCUUUCUACGGUUCCAUGAACGUUGCUGGGGACUGGAUAAGACCAUUCUAAAUUACUGAGUCCAAGCUCUUAUCUUGACACAUUCUUCUCGUUCAGUGGAGGUGUAGUCCUAUGUCACUUGGAGUAGUUCAGCUUUUCUGUUAGAAGUUGUUGGGAGUGCCUACACACUCAAAAACAAGAGCUAGCCAAUCACUGGAGGCCAUGUGCGUUUUCUCUAGCGCGCUGUCAGCAUCAUUCUUGCGCCUCGCCAUUGGCUGCUCCCUUCUAGCCUGAUCGAUCCGUGUAUGAGCGUAAUCGAUCAUCUCGUCUAGAUUUAUCUUCUCGAAGCGCACUGAACCGAAUGCAGGCGAAUCCCAAUAGGAUGUUAUAAAUACGUGUUACUUUUCCAGUUAGACUUGACUUGGAGUUUCCUAAUAUACUUUUUCGUGGCCGGUCGCGUUCUCCAUCUCUGCCGCGUUGGUAUUGGGGAUAAGAGUUGAGUGCGCAUACGCUUCACGUGAUUUCAAGUACCAGGCCGGGUCAUAACAGAAAUCCAUUUGGAAAAGUUGUCAAACGUGAUGUUGAUUAUCCUGUCAGCAAACUUAACGUGUACUUAUUUUGGCUAGCAUGAAUGCUGGUUUAACCAGCCCCAGGGCCCUGGACAGCAGGAAGUGGCGGGAUUCAUUUCCUCCGAUCAUUGGCUGUAUCCUCAGAAAUCGUUGCUCGGCUAUUCGGAAGGUCGUAGGGUCCCACAUCCACCUCAGACUUGACUUAGCCAUAACCGUUCGCUUUUUGGUUGGUUAACGCAUCCCAAGCGGCAACUCGGACGGAGGCGUGGAGAUAUGACAUCAUGGGUGACCUCUCCUGAGUACGCCACGCUUAUGACCAAACCAUCUGAAGUUGCUACCUUUUACCGAACCAGCAGUAACAAGUGUCCGCGAUAGCUGGUGACAUCCUUCCUUCUAAGUGUGGUAUGUUAACCGAGGUGUUAUUUGUCCUCCAUUAGACUAACUGCUGCCAAACGUCAUUUACUACUGGGUGUAUACCCUCCAAAUGAAAGUCCGUUACCAUUACUCCGCUUUUUGAUGGCGGAAGUCGAGCGUCUGUGAAUAACUACUAGCCAGUGAGUCUUACCUCUAGCUGUUGCAAAAUCAUGUGGCAAAUCAUCAAGAAAACGUUGAUGCAGUUCCUCGAGCAGUACCACCUCCUCUCCGAUGCCCAACACGGCUUUCGAAGUGACAGGUCCUGUGUCACGAAUCUGCACUUUCCACUCGAACGUCGGACCAGAGCACGCAAUGAAGGUAAUACGGUGCACGCCAUCUAUAUCGACUUAAAAAGGUCUUCGACAGCGUUCCUCACCAACGUCUCUUGCACAAACCGCGCGACGCAGGAAUUUGUGAAAGCCUUCUUGUAUGGUUCCAGAACUUUUUGACUAGGCGGUUCCAAAAAGCGCAGGUCGGGCGCCGGCGAUCCUCAGAAGUAACCGUAGUGAUUGGCAUCCCACAAGGCUCAGUAUUAGGCCUUCGUUAUUCCUUGUUUCCAGUAAUGACUACGUCAGGGACCUAGACUGUGAUGCCAUCCUGUUUGUUAAUGACAAAAAAUUGUGAAAAAUUAUUUACAAUGCGGCUACCUGCAAAAAAACUUGAAGAAACUCGAGGAUUGGUCGAAGCUCUGGCUUAUGCCCUUCAAUGCAAGUAAGUGCGACUUCCUUCAACUCGGCAGCUGCAGAACCUUCAACACCAGGACUUACUUUCUUCGCGGUACACCACUGCAACAAGUUCACAGUCAGAAGGACUUGGGUGUGUGGAUGGAAUUUUCAUUCAAACCAACACUGAACUGCGCGAAGGCGACUAAGUCGGUCAUGUCUACAUAGCAACUAAUUAGACUAGUCUUUAUGGGAUGUGACAAAGACGGCUUUUCCAAACUACUUGGCACCUUCGGGCGGCCACAUAUAGAAUGUGCCAUACAGGCAUGGAGACCCUGGACUGCCAGGGAAUGUGCCGUCGUAGAGAAGGCCCAGAGGCGGGCAAAAUAAAUGACAAAAUGUCUGGGGGGACUGCCCUGUGAAACCAGACUGUCAACUCUCAACCUGUUUCCCCUUCCUACAGGCAACUACGCAGUGAUCUUAUAAUAACCUUCCCCAUUAUGAAUAGCCUGGACUGUUGCUUAGCUGCCAGUGCUCAUUUCACUCAAGUUAACACGCCCACUUUGUGCGGUCAUCCCCUACCACUACGCGCAGGUAAAGUAUGGAUCAAUGGACGAAAGUUUUCUCUCAGUAACAGAGUGUUUGCAGCGUGGAACGCUUUGCCUACUGAUGUUGUACUCUCCUCCUGUGUGGAUCCAUUGAAGUACAGACUCGAAGAGUAUCGAGCUCCCAAUUACUAGCCUCGUACACUCACAUGGUCAGCCACCAACUUACAUCUGUCUGUACUACUUCUGAUGAGCGAGUAGGCGUUAAUGUUUACCUUUUCGAUUGGCAGACAACUGCAACUAGGUACCCAAUCUCUCUCUCUCCCUCUCUCUCUCUCUCUCUCUCUCUCUCUCUCUCUCUCUCUCUCUCUCUCUCUCUCUCUCUCUCUCUCCCUCAACUUUCCCCUUGUCGGUGCUUUUUUCAGACGAUCUGUAACAAAUGGGGAGUUCAAAGGCGUUCCCCUAUAAUUCCCUUCAUAAAACUGAACUGGACUGCUUUAAUAGUCAUUCUUUUACGGUGUGCGAUCAUGUCAGAUGGCCAAGAGGAAGUGCACUCAAAAGACAACAUCCCGGCACGUUUGAAAUAUCGUGGGAUUAUGCCGCGUGUGAAUCAGUUAUUAAAUCUUUCUUAAGUAGUCAUUCCUAAUCAAAAUUGUAUUUCAGAAUUACAGUUAACAUUUAAUGAGAUUGGUCACUGACCGUGGUGCUAGCAGCUUGGGACCGGGGUGAUCGACUUCAUGGGAACGCUACUGCCAUCGACUUCUUCCCAAAUUCUGGUCGUAUUGGACUGAAGGGCGCAUCUACGGCACAGUGUUUGGUUGCAAGCAAUGUGAACAGAGCUCGGGAGAGCGUGGAAGUGUGACGCGCCAAUCAAGACCUUCUCUCCCUUCCCUGAGGCCAGCCUUGUCUGACCGCGCUUUAGAAUAGCAUACCACUCGGACUCCUUUUAGGGUGCCGAAUAAUCUUUGUUGGGGUCUCCGCUAGGCCGAUAAUAUCGCAGUUUUCACAUGUUUUCCUCUCUGGCUUCCUGCAUACCCACAGAACAGCGCUUACAUAUCGCUGUAUAAGACUACCUUAAGCAGACAUAUCUGAACAAUUUUCUCGUGCAAAAAGUGUAUAAUAGCAUCAUCGCUGGUCCGCAGGCAGAACGCCCUUUCAGGACCUUUACUUUGGCUUGUAAUUCAGUCGCCACACCUUUACCAAAAACUUCACUUUUGCUUUUCCCAUAGGACGCGGUGUAGUCAGUAUCUUUAACCGCACUGAAUGGAAGUCAAUUUUUUUGCAGCCGAAAGUUUCACCUAGCUCUUGUUAUCAGUAUGUUUAGUUGAAAAAGGGGGUUAAACAUCGGUGGGCUCAUGAAUCUGGUGUCCCACAGAAUGGUGGCGGCCAAGAUCAGUCAUUGUUAUCCUCAUCUAACGCGGGUUCAGACUGAUGGUCGGACAUUCCCAGCAUCAGCUGAGGCGUUCCUCGAUAAUCAACUCAAGCGUGCAGCCUGGCGUCUGGGUCUCACUGCCUGAUGCGGCAAAGAGGCCAGAAAUGGCCAUUCUUAAGCGGACAGGAUUCCAAAAUGCUAGCAGAUUGAUGGUACUCGGUGACAUAUAUCUUUGGAGGGGUCAGAGGCAGAGCUGUUAACGCCUGCCAACGUACGGUCGAUAUAGGGAUAAAAACUCAUCAAGUAGUGCAGUCAAGUAGAACGUGAUCGGAGGGAGUAUAUGACGUACGUGCAAACAAGUCCUGCUGUGAAAACUUCCUCUGUACAAAAAAAGAUGCAGACUGUGGAUUAUUUUUCCGCAAUGUGCAUAGGAUAUCGUGUUCCGCUGAAUUAAAGUGCUACAGUCCUAGCUCUCAUCCUUAAAUAACACUGGGUUUCGACUGUGUUUUCUAGGGGGCAAGGGCCAAGAAGCUGGCAGAUCGUGAGAAACGCCUGGCAAAAGAGGAGGCCGAACGCGUUGAGAAGGACAAGGAGGAGGCCAGGUACCAGGCCGAGCAGAGACGAAAGAAACUCUGCGAGGCCAGAACCAUGCAGUACUACGAGAGUGAGAGAGUCAGAAGGUUCCAUGUAAUCUUGCCCACUCCUUUAUCCUCAAGCUCAUUUUAGGAAGCCUUACAUCUGACCGAAGUUCUUAAGGAGCGUGACCUGCAGAUGCAGUUAAAGGCCAUGCAGGAGGAAUACGAAAAAAGCAAAGGAGACGAAGGGUAUAAGGAGUUCCUUCGGAAGCUGGAUGAAGGUAGGAUGAUUCCUAUGUAAAUCUCACCCUCCUCGCUUUUAAGCAAUCAAACUGGAGAAGGAGGCGGCAGCCCGUGCAAGACAGGCAACCAUGGAGAGUAAGAACUUUGUCCUAACGCAGUAAGUAUACGUCACGUACUGUUUGUUCGGAAAGACUUCAGCUAUGCUUACCAGAGAUGUCUACCAAAACGCGAGAGUUAAGGUGUCUAGCGAAGCGUUUGUUAUGGGUUGUGACGUUCUGGACCCGGAACUUCGGGUGGAAACCAGACUGCUGUCCACCCACUGAUGGCCUACGGCUUUAGCCUCUGCCAAACACGUUGAAGCAUCUGACUUUUUCAGCUCAUUAAAAAACAAUAUUGUGCCUCUCUCGUUGGCUAAAACUAUAAGUUACUUGCCAACCUUGGAACUUCGAAGAUUGUGGAGUGGAAACCAGAAAAACAACCCGCAUUUUGAGCAUUCUCGACACGUAUUGUUCAAUUUGUGUCGAUGUUGUUCAGUUUACUUGCGUGCCAAAGGACAUUGGAAUUUGCAAGUAAACCAGUUUUUUACCUAAGCUUUCAGUUGUUUCCCGUCAGAAAUUUAUAAUUCUACUGCCAUCACUGAUAAAUUGAGUUUCAUUUCCAAGAAUGCUGUAUUGACAGCCUACUGGAGAGGUUACAAGUUUGCCUGACUCCUUUGUCAGGUUUACGAAUGCUGUCGACAGCCGACUGUCCCAUCUCUAGGACUCUUUACAGAAAUAAAUUUUGCCCACGUCAUACAGUAUGCUCUUGUGUGCGUGAGAGUUUAGAAUGCAUACUACUGCCAAUAUUGGCCAAAUUCACCAAUUUCGAAUCUUGUGAUGUUUUAGGAAAUGCAGAUGAUUUUCAGUUUUUCGACAUACAUCACAAAAAGGUAACUCUUGGCAGAAUCAGUCGAGGCAACGGUUUAGCUGAAAGAAUUUAUGCAGCACGACACAUGCUACCUACAGGGAACUACGGAUCAAAACGCGACCGAUAGAUACUACCAGAAUAUAAAUUACUGAAUAAGCCAUUCACCAAUGAGAGACGUAGCAAUUUUGGUGACCACCUCAGCUGACCUAUAAAUAUGUAAUUUGAUGAAGUAACUCAAAAGGUCUGAGUGCAUCUGAAUACGCGGGUUUUUUAUUCCUGCAGGAUAGAAGAUCAUAAGAAGCAAAAGGCCGCUGAACGGGAAGCAGAAUUUGCCGAGGGAAGAAAAAUCCGUCAGCUUGCCUUGGAGGCCGAGGAGGAAAUGGGACGUCAGGGACUUCAACGAAAGCGGGAAAUGCAGGACCUCAAUAAAAUACUACUUGAGUCUAUCAGCGAUCAUCAGAAGAUGAAAACUAUUGAGAAAAUCAGAGACGAGGUAGGGCGUCUUGUGCUCUUCCGCUUAUUAUCUUAAGACCCCCCUAUCCCGCGUUAGUUUGUAAAAACCACAGUCCUCAGUCUGUGCGCACUGGGCCUACUGUUCUCUCAGUCGUUCUUCUGUUAGGACUCACACUAAAACAGACCUACGCCUCAAAAUGCGGUUUUAGGGGUUAAUAAUUUGGCCUCUGCACAAUUCACUCUGAAAUGUCGUAGAACCUUGCCUCGGCCGAAUUCUUGAUUCGGGACUUAAAUAUCUGCAUGGGGGAUGCCGGUAGCAAUUCAAUGCGUUUAAAACGUAGGCCUCUUAUUUGUUCUUGGCUUGUGCAACGGAGCUGCUCUUAAAGACCGCGACAUGGACUGCACCUAGAGUGCAUCUUUCGGCCUUCAGCCGGGUCACAGUAGUGAAAGCUGCAACAGAUUUUAUUACUAUGAGAAAUAAUUUGCGAAUUCCUUAUCUUUGAAGGAAAUUAGAAAGUGCAGCAAAAAAACGCAUCUCUUGCGUCAGUAAUUUUUGCUGUGGGGGUAGGUUAUUACAUGCCUGAUUGACAAACAGAAUUAGUUAGGUUCUGGCAGAACCGCCCUGUUGAAAACUCCAACCAUAUUCAGCUGUCGUAACAAGCCUAAAUACUUAUUUUCAGAGGUCAUUCUAUUUGUGCUGUCGUAUUUACUCAACGUUUUGUAUGGACAAGAUUCCUGUACAUCGAAAACUGGAUUUUACACAAUUUUACCCAUAUUUGACGUUUUUGGGAUUUUUCACUUUUCUGGAAGAUUUGGUAUUUUUAAACAACGUAACAUACCUUUAACAUUUCUUUUAUGUUUUUGUCUCUCCUAAAGUUGUUAUUUAUUAACACAUUGGUGUCGGAUUGCCAGCGAUUGGCAGUCAUUCGUGAACUUCGACACUUUUCAUGAGUUAGGUAACGCACCGCAUAUAAGGGCCCUAAAUCGUCUGAAAUUUUAUAUGUUCAUCUCUACGGUCACACUGGGCCACCUUGGGCGCUUUCUCGUUUCUAAUGGGGCUUGGAAUCCUAAUUUGUCAUAAAAUAAUCGUUAGCUUGGAGCAAAUCGGUCAGAAGGAAGCUUUAUAGACUAAAUCCGAAAGUUUUAUGAAUAUUUGAACUGAAAUCAUCAGCGGCAUCGGGACAACCGCGUAAUAUUCAUAGACUGCCAACAGACAGCAAAUACUAUACAAAUGUUGCAUGACCUACCAUACUGACAAUAGAGGUACUACCUAAAUACUUUGAGUUAGUACUCGUUCUGUCAGUACGGUAAAUCGUACAACAUGUCUUAAUUUUAAAGUUGCGAAAAUUCCCAUGGAGCAAUUCAGAGGAGCAUUUGGCGAGUUUACGAGUGCUUUCGAUAAAUUCCCCUCGGGCCUGUACAUUGAUAUGGGCACGAGGUAUAAACUGAACGUGUAAGUGAUAAGUACAAACUUAUCAUACCGACCGCAGAAAAGAAAACUCUUUUCCUGAAGGUCCCCUUUCAAGGGGACGCGGCGAGUUAGCUCCUGAGAAGGCGCCUUGACCAAGCCGUAUCACGGACCUUCCCGGUAGCAAGUAUUGUCUUCGACCAACCCGGUCUUACGCGUGGAAGGUAGGGAUAAGUUACCAACUCAGACCACCUCCAUGUGCAUUUACUCCUUUACUUGCGCCUGUGAAUCAGGCUACUUUGGUCGUACGAGUCAGCGCCCAUCCGCAAGAAUACGAGAACACCUGCCGGCAUGACUGAGGAAGAAUGAAGUUAAAAGCAUACACAGCUCCAUCCUCGCACACAUGGUUGAUUCUGGGCACCGUGCGGAUCCCAACGAAGCCUUUCGUGUGCUUUUCAGGGUCCCACCUAACUAGCCUAAGCGACUGGGUCAGCAUCUACUAGAAACAGCAGAGGCAACUGCCAUCAGGCUACAGAGGCCGGUCCUGUGCGCCCGUGGGCCAGGAUCGAUUAACUGUAUACAGGUGUCCGCGCCCCCGCCACCUUCCCUCCCCCUCCUUGUGGCACGGUUCAGCCUAACCCUCACUGUCACUGACUGCCUCCUCUCUCCCCCCCCCUCCACUCUAUUCGCAUACCCCGUUUGUAUGAAAGGACGAACCGUAAUCAAUUGCACUUAUCACUCACGCUCAGUUUGUACCUCGUACAGGCCCGAUGAGAAUUUAUCGAAAGCACGCGUAAGCUCACCAAAUGCCCAUCUGAAUGUCUUAAUUUGUCAAGAUUCGCUGGUAUCUUGAUGUCGUGUUGAAGCUGCAUCCAGUAACCAUCCAUCAUAAUCCCUGAGCAAUUUCAUAAAUCAUCGAUGCUGUUCAAAACCGUUGUACUUACAUACAUAUGCUGGGUAGAGAACAGCAUAAUGUUAAGAGGGUUCAACUGAUCAAACAGAGAUAGGUUAAACAUUGUCAGAAUUAAUCAGUCGGUAUGCACAAAGCUCAAGCGUCAAGCGUAAUAAAUGCCGUUGGCAAUGAAACUCGGUUCCUUUCGUUUUCUAAAUCUGCACAACCUCGGACGCCUAUCGCGCACUUUGUGGUCUUUAUUUACUUUUUUAAGGAGCAGCGACCGCAUGCUGUUCCCGUAUCAAUGACACGAGAAUAUUGUACAAUUACAGGCCUCGGAACACCGACCCUGAAGUUUUAAGCCAUGACAUUCUACCAUGCAGGAAAAUUUGCAUGGUAGAAACCGGGCAGGCCGAAUGUUGUCUCUUGCAAAUUAUUGACAGAUAAAAAAGUAUAAGAUCAAGAUUCGACUCGCGGCUGCCGUUCAAGGUUUUUUACUUCUUAACUCUGCGUCUGGCCGUUAAACGUGAGCGCCGGCGUUAAAAUAAGCCGACUUCCAACACUGAAGUAGUUGUGCCGCUGUUAUACGUUUUUUGUGCUUACGAUUGUUAUAGGAAUUCGACGAAGACAUCCGGAUAUACGCAGCUGCCAAGAGAAAGAUGACUAUAAUGCGAAUGGAUAAGGAGCGUUCCCUUUUUCUGUAAGUUCUGGCCGUUUUCCAUUCUUAAAGGUUGACUGUCAGGCAUCCAUACAUUAACUGUAGCACAAAGCCAGUGGCCUCGAGUCGAUACUCUGCCGAUCGAAGAGAUUUAGUUAAGAUGUACAGUCUUGCGUACAGGCCUAAAGUGGCAAAUUUUCUUCUUGAAAUAUUCCACGAAACUUUUUCUGUUCAUUUGAUUUGCAUCAGCUUAAGUAGUAACGGUUGUGCUUAAAGUGAAAUCAAAGCUCCAAAUUGGCUCGCAUAUACCAGAGGUACGCAUAAAUGCUUAAAAAUUUUAUUUGGUGCCCUGGAAGGCUUUCUCGAUGAGGGACAAGAUGCCGGCCUUAUGUUAAUUGACGUUUUGCAACCAACACAAGCAGAAACGAGCUUUGGGAGAGAAUUUAAAACUAUAAUAAGGGAGUGCACUUACAAUUCAAUCAAAAGUCGGAAUUUGGAUUAAAGCACUGAGUCACAUAACUUUUAGCUGUCCGACCUAGAGAAAAAAUGCUAGGAAACUUAGUUUUCUGGUUCAUACCCUGCAAUAAGACAGUCGCUCAUAAACUGUGCUGUUUUAACAUCGCAUACACGACUAGCAGAUUCGGUGAUGAAUGGAGAAAUGAGAAUACAGACGAAAUCAUAAUAAGUGGACGUAGUUCAUGGGCAUAUUCGACGGACUAGAGUACGCCAUGAUCCUCAGAAAUUCGGAUUCCCACGGUGAUCCACGCACAUAGUGCGUCACGGACAAUGUGGCCGUCCUAGAAACAUUCGCGGCGACCAGCAGUGUGAAGCAGGGCUGUGUACUCGUCCCAUUCUCUUUAGCCUCAUGUUCUCCGCCAUAUUGAUAAACGCCUAUCGUGAUGUGCGGCCCAAAAUCGGCAUCGCUUACAGGACCGAUAGCCAACUUCUCAAUAGCCGGCUCAUACAGGCUCCGACUCGUCUAUUCACGACUACUGUCCAGGAUCUGCUCAUCGCGGACGACUGCGUGCUAAACAUAGCGCCAGGCUCAAGCAUCCAGCGGAACAUGAACCUCAUCCUCGCCGGGAGCGCAAACUUCGGGCUGACCAUCAACGCCGACAAAACAGUAGUCAGGCAUCAGCGUAUACAGUGUGUACACUGCAUACAGUGCUCAUCGCACCCACUUAAACGGCUCCCAAAUAAGGGCCGUGUACAACUUCGCCUACUCAGGCAGCGAACUCUUACGCUGCAUCAAAAUCGACGAUGAAGUGGCACCCCGGAUGUCGAAAGCCAGCCAAACCUUCGCCCACCCAAACCACCGGUGAUCACAGUCCCGGUGUUACGCCGCCGUCGAUCGCCGCCACUUCAAUCCUCCCUGCCACACCCUCCGUGGUGGCGAGGACGACCACCACCUCCCCGACACUCGCGACACACCGUCGACCACAACCUUCACCAUUAACACUCCCGCAUCCAGCGAUACAGAUUCGGUCCCAACCUGUUCCCAUCUCGAUCGCAUAUUCACCUCACGCAUCGUCCUGGUCGGUCAUUUGUGAGCCAAUCACACUGCGCCCGGCGCACUGGUGCCAAGAGCCCCCACAUACCCUCAUCGUAUCCGCCUCCACUGCUCACAGUGUUCGCACACAUUCACUCACCGCUUAGAACUAUUCGAUUACAGGCGCAUCUACAAAAGCGCAAUGCACCGCAAUAUUGACACGCCUAGCACAUCUUGCAAAUCCGCCAACUCUCCCAUCUCCAGCCCAGUCAACUUCCCCUUCAUUAGCGCCUCCUCAACUAUAAGCACCAAAGUGGCAACCGAAUUAGCAUCCCCAACCUGCGUUGUCCACACGGUCGCCGCGAAUUCACUUCAUGCAUCAGCCUGGUCGGCCACUUUCGAAUCCGUCUCACAGAGACUAGGCAACCAGUGCCUGGUGUGCCAAAAUACACCAAACGUCAUCGCCUCAAUUGUGUGCGCGUGUGGGGCACGCGCAGACGAACUACUCUCAGCCUUGUCACCCGCCUCUUCAAAUCUAAGCAUCAGUUGGCUGAUCAAUUAAGACAGUCGAGUAGUGCACUAAAUCGGGUAGAAUGAGUGAGGUCAUCGGAUCCAGUGCAUAUUCCUAAUUAUAAACAAUCUGACCAGUUUGAAGCAGUCACAGUGUAUUAUAAGCCGUGAUUAGGAAAGUUGUCAACCGACACAUCAACUCAGAUUACGCAUCCAGACUAAUUGCGUGGUCAUAUGUUGACUGGCCAUCCAGUGGACUGACAGUAAAAAUGCAAAUGUACCUCAUAAAUGACAUGCUCUCACACAUGUUGGUUCGGAGACGCAUCCCCCUGUGUGUGUAACCAGGUAGGGGUGCUCGGGAGUCAGGUCGUGCAUGCGGCACGCACAGACGUGCUGAUAACUACUGCGCCCAUUUCGCGCAUCAGAAAGUUGACAGGAUUAGACACUGGACUGGUGCCGCGGAAUGGAAAGAGAGACUGACAUCGGCGGGCUCGGCGCAUAUUCCUCACUACAAGCAAUCUGACGCGUUUGAGACUAUCAAGGGGUGCUAAACGUCAUGGCCUAGAAGGUCGCCAACUGACGGUAUAACCCAGAUCUCGCAGUCAGCCUAGUGCGCGUUUGUGUGGAGUGAUCGACCUGUAGACUAAGAUUCAGACUAUAAUGGUUCUUUAAUGUGGCCUUUCUUGCACUCCCACUCAGUUGGCAGCCGAUCCGGUGCGGUGGCACGCGUUGAGGUGCGAGUUUACGCCGUGCCGACCACCUGCAUAUGACUGUCAUGACACCGGAAUCACGUGUGAAGGGAGAACGGAGUGCAGUAUAUGCUUCGAAAGUCUACUAUCGCUGUGUACUAACUUACGCGCAAGUCACUAUCCCUGCGUCCACCCUUCUGUGGAGCACAUUGUGGCAUCCGCAGAAACGACGGUUCGACUGCCGUGAACCCCUUAUUUGAAACAUUUUUCCUCAUUGACACAGAAGGCAGGAUCAAAACAUCUGCACAUAUGUGUCACAGUGCGAGUCUGCCACGAAGGCGGACCUAUCAUGAGUUUGAGAACAGAAUGUACGUUAAUGCCAUCAUCGAAAAUGGUUUCUUACUUGGAAACCAGUAAGGUCGCAAGGUUUCCCAAAAUCCAAAGUUUAACAUUGCUCAAUUUGACGUGCGUACGACCCACCCCUGUGUUUUAGACGUCGUGACUUUAGAGGCUACUAGCUGGUGAGAUUAGUGGUCCCAGUGACUGGCAGACGGGAUGCAAUAAGUCCUCCUCAUUGUGAUGUUUAUAUUAGCGCUUAUAUUUACGAGAAUUUUAAUGUGCGAAGGCCCGUUAGGGCAAGGAGAUGAUCAAUCAUGUGCGUCAAAAUGAAGCAAAUUUCCCUGUAGUCAAUACAUCCAAUAUCUCCUCUAACUGUCAGUAUUCAUCUUUACACUUGAACUUGACGAGAAUGAGAGGAAAAAUAGCAGAAAUCGUGCUUCACGAGUUCACGCUAUCACUGGUUAGUUUGCGUGCAGGUCAUCCAUUUGCAGGUAGCGGUGGUUCCCACAACGCGACGAAUAAACUAAAAUGAGGUGCGAUCUGAAAGUCGGUUAAAAAUCAAAACUUGGCCGUACCGAUUUACCCCACAUUUGAAGAUUAAAAUGUUUUUUUGACUUGUGUCACGAGUACCGCGACCACGAGUCGAUCGCUUGGGGCGAAAGUAUCGUCCGCUGAAAAAAGGUCAAACCUAUGUUGUCGCGCUGGGUUGAUAUAAUGUCCUAUUUAAGUACUGGGGCUCACAAGAUAAAUUCGCACCUUGUGAACUUGUCCAGCGGAUACACGCACUUUGUAUCUCCGUGCCGCAUUCGGCUUCCACUUAUCGGACUCUUAUGCGGACUAUGAGGUUUUUGAGGUAAUGUGCCGCUUUUAUUCAUUGUUGUAACCUGAAGACCUGUGAAGGAGACUUUGCAUAUGGUAUGACCAAAUAGAAGUCGCGCUACUGCACAAGUACCUUCAAGGUUCAUUGAUUCAUCGUUCUUAGUUACACCGUCGGCCAGAUGCGAUACGCAUUUAAGACGCCUCCCCUUUGAAACACAUAUCUUCUAUGUUAAAGUUAAGCAUAACAAAGGCAGAUAAUAAGAGGCAAGAACUUCUCCUGUAUGUUAGUGGUUUCAGGAGGGUCUUAACCCAGUAGAUCUUUUAAAAAUCAUAGAUACUGGGGCUCUUAAGAUAGACUCUAGCCAAAAUCGAAGUGUGCAAAUAGUUUCGCACUUAUCCAUUCAGAAAGCAAAUGUCAGAAAAUGAACUGAUUUCCUCCGCCAUUUCAUAGGAAAUUCUCUGCCUACCCACUUAUCCGCCUUUGUGGUCGCAUCGACUCCCCGUUGUCACAUGAGAGUCUGCUUUGUCUGCUAUAAUUGGAAACUACCCCAGAUUCACCGACACCGUGUGAUCGCAAGUUUCGUGCGCUUCUUUUCUACCGGAUCCGUAGGAAACCUCAGGCAUGAUCAUUUUUCAUGUCAUAAGUUGAUCGUCUCAAGAAACUCGGAAGCUGAAUAUCGUAAAAUCCCCCUAAUGAUCCGAUACAGUGGCGUUAGCUCGUUUGGUAGACGUUCCGAAAUAAAACCUCCGACUUCGGAUUCUUGAGCCUGUCCUUUAAGUUAUAAUUUCGUUUGCAGGGACGAAUAAGUUUUUGUUGCCUCCUAACAGUCCUUGCAUGUCCGUUAAUUUGGCCACAGACUCUCGUACGCGGUGUCGCACAGGGGUCACUGGUUACCCACGUUGCACUUAGUUUUGACAACCACUUACAAUAACCAGUCAAAUCAAAAACUAUCAUUCAGAGGGGGCUCUAGUAUGAGAACCAAGGCACAACGGAACAAGUAUGUUCCGUAAUCUGAUCGGUGAGCGCCCACUGUCAUAAUUGAUAUUUCUGAUCACAACCGACAGGACAACGGGCCCGUGGCUCAGUGGUAGAGUGUCAAACUCCAUGACCAAAGAUCCCGGAUUUGAACCUCAAGUGAUCCACACUUGAGGUUGGGUAUGGCUGAUUGAUGACGGCUAAUAAGCCAGAAAUGGCCAUUUCGAUCUCCCUUGUCCUUGUCGGUACCACCUGAUUUACAUCUACUACUAUUCGCUGUGCGACUGCCUGCGAGGGUUCUAGUAUGAGUCCCAAGGCACAAUGGAUCCUGCAUGCUCCUUAACCUGAUCAGUGAGCUCCCACUGUCAUAAUAAUUAAAUUGUCAAAGAUGCGGCCAUUCUGGUCGCUUUUCGGAGUAGACAAUGAUAUCCGGCGGACAGAGGAUGUUUCUUUCCUUAACGGGCCCCCUUGUUUCACCGUCUAUCAGUAGAACCAUUCGUUCUUCUAAAAGUUUCUGUGUAUAAAAGAAAUCUAUCAGCAUGUACCAGGUCUAUUGUCGAACCUGCGAACGCUCGUAUACUCCUCGGGGCUCAGGGCGCCUAUUGAUCCGCGCAACGAAAAUGAUAAUUAUGUUUAGUACGCGGCCUGCGCAGGGGCCUUUGCGGGUCGCAUGAAGUCAGUAAGUCAUUUUCAAAGACGGGAACAGGGUGUUACGACAGGGCACUUGCGCUAUUUUAUUGUCGGUCUCGGAGGAAAUCCUUAUUCGCAUCUGUGCUGUAGAGCAGAAAUUCGCCUACUAGGUUUGCUGCAAGGAAUAUUUUGAGCGCGCCCUGUAGCACUUGCAGCGAAGUGUAAGCUCCUGAAGAUGUAGGAAAGGGCAGAACUGUGGGCCAGGAGAAGCUGAACGCUUGACUUAUGGUGGGUCUGUGAAAAUGAAACCUUCGUUACUUUGUUCGUGUCGGCCCAGCGCUUUGUUUGGAUUGCCAUUACACGGCAAAGCUCAUGGCUUGCAAGACUGCUCAAGUAUCGAGAUAACUCUGUUUUCGAUCAGGCUGAGGGUCGGAGUGCAAUGGAGUCUUGUUACUAUUAACCAUCAGUCUCUACAGGAAGAUCCGAGAUUUUUUCUUGCAGUUUGAUUUGCGUGCAUGUAGGAAGCAGUACGUGUGGGUUGGUUUAACUGUUUUAGUCACUGUGUCCUCGCCCAUCUCCACUCGCCUCAGCAUCGCAUUUGAAUCACGUUGUUUUCGGGAAAAGAGUUGGGUAGAUGCCGUGUAAGUAACCCUUGUCAUUCUAGACAGCGGUAGUCCUCGUGGAGUAUGGUGAAGGAACUAUCAUCAGCAUCAAUUAUGAUGCUUCACAAAGGAGCGUCAAAUCGAAAACGCUCUUUAAACCACUUUCAAGCGGAUACAAGAAAAAACUCCAAAGUCUCCUUGUCAUAUUUUGCACUACUGCGGAGAACGUUAGACUUUCCGUAACUUGAAUAUCCCGUUACGAUAUGCUAUUCACAUCGUUGAUAAGAUUAUUUUGGUGAAUAUUUAUAUUAGACAACGAAAAAAUAUUGCAGUGCAGAAGCCUUGUCGAGAAAAAUGUGCGCGCAAUCUAACUAAACAAUUCAGACAAAAUCGAUCUCUUAGAAGUCAAAUAAUUUGUAAUUAAAGGCAAGUGUCUUUUGCUGGGAGGAAUUACACAAAUUAAUGCAUAAGGGUGGAUUAACUACAUCAUUUUUAAGGAUUAGUUUUCGGUUCGAUUUUUGCACCAGUUUCGCCCGCUACGGUAGUCAGCGCUAGUAGAUAUACUUCUCUGCACGCCGGUUAAUUUUCCCGGCUGGGAGGCUGGUGAGCUACUAAUUAACAAAAUUAUAGGAUGUAUGCCAGCCCCUGACAUAUGACCUACAUGUUUUGCGUUUUAAUAGUCAAACAAAUAUCUAAUCGGCAUAAAGUGGCUUAAAAAUAUCCCUCGUUUGAAAACCAUUUAGAUAACACUUAGAAGGUACACAAUGACCAUUCCAAAAAGGCCUUCGAGAACUGGAAAGGAGCACAUAGAGAGGACUCGUUCAUCAUCCGGUAUUUUAGAUCGCCCAAUUUCUUUCUUCGAGAAUGCGAACUUGACAUUGGAACGUUAUCAGCAAGUUGAUUGAUUAAAGGGCACCGAUGGCCAAUUUCGGUCCCCAAAUGAGUAAGAGGGACAGUUAGUGGGAUUUGCUCAUCAAAACCAAACUGUUACUGUAACUGACUGAAAUGACAAACAGUGGAACAACAAGAUCCACAUUUUAACAGUUUUAAAGUCUGCUUGGGGGGAGGAAGGAGGACAGAUCGAUCUCAGCAGAUUAGUGAUUUUCAUUGCUAUCAGUAGAGACCGCACUGGGAAAAGUUUUCUUGUUCAGGAUACUUCUCUCUUAAUGUGUCGACAGUGUCUGAUUGCAAUGCGGCUAAGAUUCUGUCAUGAGGAAGUCGACGUGUGUAAGCUCUGCCUUGCUGACUUCCACAGCAAUCCAUGGUCGCAGAUUUUGUCUUCCGUUCGUUUGAAAUGUCUGGCCUAUGGUCAAUAUAGAACGUUCUCGGCCUGAAGUUUCAUUGCAGUUGACGAAAUUAAUUUAGUCAAAACCCCUGAUUUUAGCUUUCCGCUUUUACUGACACGUCUUUUCGGACUUUAUAUGUGAAUAAAAACUCAAAUUUAGGGUAUUCAUUUAGCUACGUCUAGGCUUUUUCUUUUUGUUUAUGACCUGCCCCUUCAGGGCAAAGUCAGACAUGCAGAGAAAAGCAGUGGAGUUGUUGGAGAAGCAGAUUCGACUUCAGGCCGAUGAUGAAGAUGAGCGUAUCGCACGGGCAAUUAAGGAACGCGAGGCAAGAUUUGAGGCUGAAGAGGCCGCUAAGAAGGAAAAGGAGGAGAAGGGUAUCCGGGAAGUACUGGAGCAUCUGCAUAUCGUACUUAAGGAGAAGGCGGCGGCAAGGGAUGAGGAAGAGAAACAGGCCGUCGAGGACCUGAAGAGGCGUAUUGCCGACGCCGAAGCCCUGGUCAAAGAGGAGGCCGAGAAAAAGGCCAAAAGUAGGGCGAUCUGCAAGGAACUGGCUGAUGACUACCUCCAGAAGGCGGUAAGUGUAACUGGUGCGUUAUAACUGAUCCGCUCGUACAAGUUAGUAUAGGGCAUGGUGCGAUCGAUCUGGCCCUCACGAUCUAUCGAGAUUGCAUUCAAACGGGUUAUUCACAGGGCCCCUGUCAAUAUUCUCUCCGGUUGAACGCCUGUUAGUCUGGUACUUGACGAUCUGUAGGCGAUAUCGAAGGGCGUUUACCAUCUCGGCCGGAUAUGGAUGAGCAGUGCCAUCGUUCUGGGCAAACUGGGUGCUUCACCUACCAAUUACCAGCGCUUUACAUGAGCAAGUAAAUCAGUCAGACACCUUCUUAGUGAGUUUACCAGGUCGUGAACACCUGCACAACCGUAAUAAAUUGUUGUUAAUUUUGGUGCAUCCGCCUAGAUUUUGGCCCCUGGGUUGGUUUAGCCGUGUUCUCCACAUCCCUUCGACAACGUCUUCACUCUUGUUUUAUGUUUUGUGUAGACCUCUUGUAAAAAAGACAAACUACAGGCAUCCAGCAAGUCAUUUCAACACAGAACUCAGACAACCUAUAAGCAAGUGAUGUUUGGGCACUCAGUACUGAAAUAUGUAGGAUGAUGGUGAUUUAAAAUAAGCCAGAAAACAACCAUCCCAGUCUGCCUUGUCUUCGCUGGUAACGUUUCUCGAUUAGAUACUUCUCCGUAAGCCUACCUGUCAAAAGCAGGGUAUUCUAGGAGUGGGCCUCUUGGUGUUCAAAAUAGCCCGUAUGUGUUGGAAGGCAUUAGUCCUAGUAUAUGGUGUCCAAAUGAUGAGCACAGGAGUGGGAAAAAACAUUUCCAGUGCUUCUUGCUAUGUAUUGUAUUUUGACACCUUUUAUGGUGAUAAUAAUAAUUUUAGCAUGAGUGUAGUAUUGCCAUCCCAGCUUUUAAUUUGCGCUAGCAUUGUUGCUCCUUAUUUUACUUGAGUAGUGAAUUGCUGUAUAAUAAAUCUUGUGCAGGUCCCAUCAGGGUGCGUGAGGUAGCUUAGAAUACAUACACUUAGGGAGGAGAACAUGAAACUAUCUUCUUCGCGUACUCUACAUUAAAGUGCAGUUGCCAAAACUGCGAACUUAUAUCUUUCUUCACGCGCACAUCUACUCCAACUCUCGCUUUCAUUUCAAUCGGUGUUGGAGUUGUGCCUCGCGAGACCACGUACACUUUGGGCUCCCCGUUGUUUAUUCAAAAAAUUUUUGUUUUCGGCCUAUCGAAAAAACCUCACUGGGAUUACUCCAGAUGAGAUUUUGGUAUAAUAUGUGGAUUUUUCCCCCUGCUCCUAUGAGUGCAUUUGCUGUGCGGCAUGCCUUUGCAAAUAUUACUGAACUAGUCAUUUGCUGGCCGUCUUGACAGUUAUAUUGCUAGAGUAUUGUUAGUUGCUUGCCCGUCUUAUGCAUUUUCUUUCGCGUGAUCGUCAUAUUAUGGGUUCGUUCGUUUACGCCAUACUUUGACGAUUAUUUGAUAUGUCGGUAUUCUUUCUAUUAAGAGGGGAGCUUCUAGGGAUUCUUAGUUGUCCAACUCAAAAAAACGUUAUUUCCACCGGUCUCGUAAGACUGCCGUUCAUGGUUUCGAUUCAUUGGAUAGGGGGUGGUUAUACUAAACUCCAGCCGACUGAACUGAGAUAACUCACCCCUAUCGUCUACUGUUCCCGUCUGCUAUGGUUAUCAAACAAUCACACAAGAUAGAUUUGCGUCUGAAUUUCCUAAGACGCGUGCUCCCAGGACUCUACGAUCUUCCACUAAUGGACUGGUUCUUGCUAGCCACCUUGUUCGUCUACUUAGUGCCACUGAGGACUGUAAGGGAGUGUCCAAGGCAUGUAGCGCCUUAACUUCCUUUCUGUCUAAGAGGAAGGGCACGGCUGACGGGCGAGGAUUGCAGACGCAUCGGAUUACUAUUUGCAGGACUCAACAAUCUCACGAUUGCUAUCUCCUAAAGGUUUAUUUGUGCUGGAAAGCAAUAAAACCAGGAGACAUGCGGGAUAUUGUGUGUGUUGUCCUCAACCUUAAUCUCCAACGGAAGCAGUAUCAUUGCAUCUUUUACGGACGUUCGAUGACCGCUGUCUGCCAGACUUUACGGACUAAUUCUGACAGUUUCUCCAGUCACCUCAUAGAGCUUUAUCUGGCGAGGACGAGGAACGCGGCCGAAAUUAUGCAUGAUGUGAAAACCCUUCACCCUGACCCUGAGUCUCACGCCAAUUUUUCAUAAAAUUCCUUGUUUAUAGAGUAUUUCGAUAAGUUUGUCCUAUGUCGCCAUUUUCAAUUGAUCUGUUAUCAAUGACAAGGACUAUAUGACUUUCGGGAGACAAACUGAUUGGGCGUAGAUCUCAUUAAUACCACUUUUCCCCAAGGGAGUAACGAAUGGAGCACACAUGUACACUGAAAAAUAUGAGCAUCUUGUCAAAUUCUUGCAAAUACACUCUACCAAGUCAGGGCACACUAUAACUGCGAUGUUAGUGAGCUCCUGGUGAACCACUGUUGGCGACGCUCUGGUGGGUGUGGGUAUUCGAUAGGUAUUGUCAACAAAGACAUAGGAGACCGGAAUGGUCCUUUCCAGUUGAUUCGCCCUUACCAGCCAGCCAUGGGUCAAUGGCGUACUGGAACUAUAUUUCAUUCAGCAAUCAUGAUGGAUAAGUAAACAUUUGCAAAGAAAUUGGGGGUCUGUAAUAGAAGAGCAACACUUUAUUUCGAACACCAGUUGAUAUACAUCUUUAUCUUUUCUGUUGCCAUAGAGAAUUUAGCUCUUAUACCCAAAAAGGUGAACGAACUUUCCAUUUGGAAACAGUUUGUGGAGUUACUAUUAGUUCCAGGCAGUAAGGCAGAUUAUUUCGGUUCGCCUGACAACGAGUACAGCAGUUUAAAAUGUUGGGGUCCAAUUAGUCGAACCAUCUACUUAAAACCGAAACCAAGCAAAAUGAGUUUAUUUCGAGCCGAUGUCUUUAAAAAGAUACUUCCACAUGAAUUUCCAAUCGGAACUUAUUGAAACAGAAGUGGCCAUGCCUUUUUUUAAUGAGAAGCCCAUAUUUUAAAAUGGCAGGGGUUUGCGUAAUGCCUUAUGCAGAAUAGUUUUUAGAAGAAACUUCGUGCGUGUGCAGAGGAUGCAUGAUCCCAGUUGAACUGUUCAAGGCAAGGCUUUGCUUGUUCGGUCAACUACAGGGUAGCCAGUUGUUCCACGGCUGGGGAGGUGCAAUGACCUCUUCCUACUUUAGAAGGCAGUUAAAUGACAUAAGUAGUUGUGAACCCCACGGCUGUAGUACAGUCGCAUCGGAUGGGCCCUCAAUUCCUUCGGCGCCCGUAAAGGCGAGGACGAUUCCACCGUUGACCAAAGAAUCCGCGUCCGAAACUCAGGUCAUGCAAACCAGGGGUUGGGCAGGCCUGGCUGACGACGGCUAACUAACCAGAAAGGGUCAUCGUAGCCUCCUCUGUCUUUGUCUGUGCUACUCCUUCUAGUUUGAUGUGUUUUUGCAUAAGCGAAACGGAUGUUUCUGAAGGUUAAAAACAUCGACUAUACAAAAAUUAAAUAUGAAAAGAUUUGUAAGAUGCGUAGCAAAAGGAAUGAUCAUGAAAGCUGUAUGGAAAUCAGAGACAUAAAAACGAUUGUUAUGGUGCCAUAAGAAAUAUCUGGUUGUCGUGAUUUUAACCCAACACUGAAAAAAUACAACAAACCAAAGCGGUUUUACAGCAUGCCAAACCUUGCCUCUGUCGCCUAGCGCUAUACCAACUGGGGUCAAAAGACCAUGGAAAACUGGAACUCCCCCUGCAUCAUGCACAAGCUUCAUAACGACUGGGGUAAAUGGAGCAUAGUUUGUUCAUCAGCUCCACUGAGCGUUAGCCACGUCUUUUGUUAGUGUUGAGAGCCCCGAGCCGGGUCAAAUCAGCUCUGGCCAGGGCUGAAACCUGUACUGGGGCCAUGCUCUACAAAAAAUAAUCUGUGAGUGAGCAUAGCAUAACAAGACUAGUAAUGUUGCCAUUUGUGAACGUGUAUUUCACAGACAGACCUAGCUUCGCUGAUCUACCAGGGUGGGCUGUUCGGGUAGGGAAAUACAACCUUCAGGACUUGAAGUCGAUCAAGAAAACGGCUCUAGUCACGCACGAGUUGGCUUGAAUAAAGAUGACAAUGUCGGCUUCCGCCAGACUCGCUUCUCGUAACAAAGGCAAAUGAGUGAAGGGGGCUGGGCAUACAUUCUUCCAAAAUACUAAGUUGAAGAAGCAGGAGGCGUAGGUCUUAAAAACGCUUUUCCACGACGCUAAGUCAUGGGCAAUUCAUCGAAUCAAGCGAAGAAAUUCGACCAUUUUCACUAAAGCUGUCUUUGAAGGGUAACAUGGGCUGAGUGGAAAGAACGGAUUCUUGACAGAAAAGUCGUUGAAUCAAUGAUACUACAAUGAUACUACUAAAGAUAACAACCUAGAUGCUACGCCGACUCCACUGCACAUGCUGACCAAUUGUUCCACCCCUGCUCACAAUGUAAACGCAUCUUCCCGACCAGACAUGUGUAGGUUUCCCAUCUUCAUGUUCGCCCUCAAAAACUCCUAACCGUGCAGUUCCAACUUCCAAACGUACGAAUUUUCGUAUCGCGGAAAUAGACGAAACAAAAAUUAGUCACACCGACUUUUCUACGUCUGUUACUUCUGAGGUUCCAAAGGGGGCUAUAAAGGGGAGUACUUCAGUGUAUCGUCUAAAGUAGCCAGUGCUUUCACUUCAAGUGUUUCGCGGCAUAUCACGCGGCCACAUUGCACAGGAGUUCUGGCAUUAUCAUCGUCAUUAAUAAUCCUUGCUAGCAAAACUUAUUUCUAGUCUGUUUUCUUUUCUUCUCAGAUCAUACCACUCGAACGUGAAAGUCCGCGCACUGUUUGUUUAAAUCGGCCCUCGUAGGGAAGAAUGGCAACGUGACCAAUUCAGUGCGUAGCUCAAUGACAGCAAAUCUCUAACAAAUUCACUGACCAGUGGUAGAUGAAAUUGCUCUAGAGCACAAACUCUUUCAUAUAGUUAAAUACUUAACGGAAUGGAGUCGAGUAAGAUCUCUAGGUAGUUGCGGUUUUUUCACCUGGAGACUGGAUUGGACGAUGUGUAGUGGUGACGAAUGUACCAAGCAAAAAUGCAUGCACGGGAGAUCGCUUCAGUCGAACCGACAUGUGGAUUUUCAUUCUGAACACAUUCCGUUAUUUAACUUGAUGUGGCCAGAUGUCUUCUAUAAAAGAUUCUUAUCUCUUUCCUUUACAAAAUGGGUUUUUUGCUGUUUUCGCCGGUCACGGAUACCUACCGCAUUCUAUUAUGUAAGAACGACUGAGUUAUAAACGCUCACAAAGUGGUAAUCGGAGCGGUGGCUCGGACCACUCAUCACUCCACGCAGAUUGCCUCUGCUGAUCGCAUUCAUCUCAUUCAGUGAGCGAUUUAGUCUUUGAUCUACAAACUUUUCAAGCUCAUCUCUUUCCCCUUUCAUAGAUGCUAUACUCAUAUCAAAAUUUAGGACACUAGAUUCCCUGACUUUGUUGCGGCUUAGUUAAAUGAAAUUGAGACCCACCCACCUAUCUGGUUAAAUAAUUACUAAAUCGCGGAGAACGGCUGCUUUUUACCCUUUACGCGUCAUUAGAGCAUAGAAGUGAAAGCUAACCUAUGUAUGUCUCAUAAAGAACGAAAACUGGCAGGCUGUCUAGCUACCUCAUAAGUCAGCUGGUCUGGUAACUAGCAAUUGGUUAUAUAAGUUUGCGUAACGUUCAGGACCUACAUUGUUUACGUCAUGGUCUUGCCCUUGCUAAUGUCUUGUCAUUUAUUCGUUCUCAAGAGGCUUCCCCAUUCCUUCGGUUCCCAUUCAAUUUUCUUCUAGCUUGCGUCUGCCCUUUCCUGAUUAAAAGGUCGUUUUCACUUCCUGUAGAAUUAAGGAAUACGAUUUUUCCCAGGCACUUAUUGCCGGUGUGCCCUGUACCUCCCUGUGGCAUUUUAAGUGUCAUCCACACUGUCUUUCAACAACGCACGUUUAUUUCCCAAGCAGUAGAUCGCAGCCAGUUAGGGUCACGAUGGAAUUCGCCACGGUCUGUCAAAUCAACAGUUGAUUUGUUGCAAUUAAACAAGGUAGGGGAGGCCUACCCGUUUUUCGCAGUUGGUCUCCGGAGUAGUCAGUUUAUAAGAACACGCGAUGCGCGCUGGCUAAAGCACUCGUGGGUACAAGGCCAGGGAGAAAAGGGCAUAUUGAAGAGAGACAGAGCGUAACGUUGCUGAUGACGUGAGCCGGAUACGAGUUCGGGUCGAAAUAUUUUUCAACCGUUCAGCAAACUUUGUAAGUACCAGCCUAGCGGCUGACGUAAGCAGGUAGGAGAAAGAGCUUAAGUACCAUGGCGGCUGCUGCGCGUGGUGAAAUGCCUGAGUAAGGCUGACCACAGCUCCAUAGGAAUGCCCCAGCACACUUUAAUCUUCCUCAUAUCGUACAAUAAUGCUUUGGACUAAUGUUUUCUCACUUUUCUUUGGCACUCUGCUUAUUCAAGUAAAUUAAGUAACAUAAGCAUCUCCUUAAAAAGUUUUAACAAAACUCCAAAAUGCGGCUAGAAAGAGAUUUAGUUGGAUUUAACUAACGAUUUUUAGGGGCUAGUCACAUUCAUAGGUGGAAAUUGUUGCGGUAUCGAGAUGUGUUUGUGUAGAAACCGUUUGUUUCAUUGUUCAUCGUCAGAGCAGAACAAGAAAGUUUACAGGAACCCAUAUUUGGCGACCAUGGUGCAGAACCUGACAGAUACAGGAACGGGAAUUCACGUCCACUAAUUAGGAAACAGGGUAAUGAACAAUACUGCAGUGUAGCACGGCUUCACAAACAUAACGAAAUACAACUAAUAGGCCUCAUUUGGACUUUACUUGAAAAGGACUACUCAAAAAUGAUUUUAUGUUAACCGACGUUUAGGUAGUCUAUCGGUUCCUUGUAUAUCCUGCCAGUUGAGGUUGAUUGACGGGUGGAUGAAGAGCCGAUAACAUCGAUUUCUACGUUUAACGUGUUAGGCGGGUACUCUCAGGAAACGCCGAAGGAUAAGACACGAGAGUAGGAAUUUCCCUCUUAUUGCAGGUAGCCUUACGAUAAAUUGCAAGAAGGGUAUCUAUUCUCGUCUCCUAACCCCAACACUGAUCCAAACUCUAGCCUCAACCCUAACUCUACUCUCCUUGGAAUUUAACACGAGGCUAUCUGCAUUACAUGGGGGUGCCUAUUCCCAUGUCAUGUCUGCCGAAUUUCCCUCAUUAAUAUCUACAGGAUUUUAUUCCUUAACAAAAGCUCCUACCUUUUGCUCAAACAGGAAAGGUGUCACUGUCGACGUCACUUCAGAGCACUUCUUCUUGUCCAACAGCAGACUUCAGCCUAAUGCUCUUUUAGUCUGAUUGCUGCGUACAUGUUGAAUCCGCAUCCUUCAUGGCACAGUAGUGGUAUAUCUUCUUAUUCUAUAAUUACUACUAUAUGCUGCUCUUGUUUUUUGCUGCAUUAUUUGGCCAGGCGAAAGAUAACAGAGUUAUCGGGGACAUUUCUCGCUUCAUGCUCUUUCCAAACGAAAAAGGAAACUCGAGGUCGACAGAGCUUUUGAUGAAAAAAUUAUCCUUUCUUGCUUACAGGAGGAACACAAGGCGAAUCGGAAAUCCGAACGGGAGGCAGAGAUCAAGUGGGCUCGUGAAGGUGACGAAGAUGCUCAAAUGGAGGAUGCGGCAUUCCUGGACUACGCAAAUCGCGUAAGUGGAGCCGACAUUCUCUUUUCUUCGACUUGCUAAGGCCGUUCGGCUCAGUUUGCACCUAAGUUACGGUUUCAAAUGCCGAAGGCUUCCAAACUGCCUUAUUCUCAAAUUUUAUCAGAGGAGUUUGUUGUGUAUGCAAAACAGAAGACCGAUUGUAGGCAGGACGUGCACUGAGCAGCACGGGAGGCAGUACAAGCGGAGUCUUAGGAGACACGGCGGGGUAUAUGGCAUAGGCUGAUGGUUGGCCAGCCAGCAAAUGGAAUCAGAAGAAGAUCAACUAGUUCCUGGAACUCGCAUCUUCGCUUGUAUCAGUAAAUGGAAUGUCUGAACACGGGUCUGUGAACUUGACCGUUCAUUCGUCACGCCCAUGUUGCGUAAUAAUAUGGGGGGCACACAGUAGAGAAGAAAACCUCGCUAUUAGCAGGCAGUGAUUUUUUAAGCCAUCUCACAUGGAAACUUUGACGGUCCAUCGUAAAGCGGGUCAAAAAAUAUCCGCUCUCAACUAGUUGAUCGUGAAAGCCAGAAUUUAAGUUCGGAUUCGUCGACCUGUUUCAUAAAUCUGCCCAAAUUAACCGCAACGCUGAUCUUUUGGGACCAGUUGCAACCCAAGCGUAUCAGAGACGUCUACUGUCCAUAUUUCGGGUUUUGGUGGAAACUUCCACUUAAGCCUGCGAUAUCGACCUUUCCACCAAUCUUGAAAUCUGUGACAAGUUUAUGUGGCGCAAAUUGGAGGGCAUCUUCACAUGGCAGAAUCUAAUAGGUCUUCUUCUGCCCAUGUUCUAUGUAGUCAAGAAGGGAAAUUGGGUCUGUUAGACAUGGACCACUUGGCACUUCUGCCUACCAUGUAGUCAUUUAUAUAGCAGCUUCACCUGAACUGAACAGUUUGACGCAAUAAAUGUAAGCAGUCAGUAGAGGUAGAAGUUCCUGCAAAGCGCGGCCUGAUUUCCAAGAAAAUGCCAGAAGUCGUAAAUGUUGAUAGCUCAGGACCAAAAGGUGAAGACCACUGGAAGUCACCAAUUAUCUCCAACAUCGUGUUAUUUACGCCAGUAAGAUGAGAAGGUCUGCGGUCGACAAAGACAAUGGAAUUAGGGACUGAAGGAAAGCCACCCAAUGAUGAUUAUUAUUUCGUGAAUUUCGAGGUUGAACGCGUCAGGGAACUCGCGUGGCAUUAACACUCGGACGGUAAUGCCAAGAGAAAUAAAGGUGUGACGCAUUAAGAAAAUCAGCGGUCCUUGACAAAACGUUUAAAUAGCUUACUUAGAGAGCAGGAGGCAACCAAAAUAUGAGAGCGCGGAUGACCCUCAUACACUUAAAAUGUCUAAAAACCGUCUCUUGAAAGAUUUUGUUCAAAUCCACCCUUUGAUUGUUCAAAAGCAGGGUCUACUACACGUUGAAGAGGACUGGCAAACAAAUUCAAAUAAACCGCAGGCUCAUAGACUAUACAAGGAAACUUUAGGGGGCUAUAAAUACUCUGAUGAGCCCUGGCAACUAGUGGCAUUAUCCGAAAGUUAGAUUAAGGUAUUUUCUAGAAUGUGCUAUCGCUACUAAUGACGUAUGACAUAUGAUCACAAGCAUAAUGCUGAAAGACUAGUCUCUAGACCUCUAGGUGCCUGACUCACUUUAUGGACCGUUUGGCUUUUUGUCUGUAACCCACUUGGUAAAAAGAUGAAUAUGCGGAGCCGUUUCUGUAAAAUGACCAAGUUCCUCACAAUACAUGCAGUCAGUGUUUCUAAUUCGUUUGAGUGAAAAUGCCAAACCAACAGGAUACAGACAGGUUGGCUUGACUUUGAUGCCUAUAUGCACCGGAUUUGGGAGGUCAGCCGAAUCGGCGUGCGCCCACUCCUGUCCGAAUCAGUGCCUGACCUGCAGCAACAGGUGAUGCCAGAUGGAAAGGCGCUGAUGAAUUUCGCUUCGACGAAGUACCAACGGCAGAUUGCGCGUACGCAUGCCUCUGUUUCUGGUCCCGGAUGGUGGACAAGCCUACGACUGGAUUAAGGCAAAAUAAGCCUGAGACGGAGCCCCUUCCAUCGGUCGGUAUCCCUUUCGACAGAUCCUCUGCUGUUAUGCCUUGGUUUGGUUCGACACGGCUGUUGGUUUCCUCAUAGUUACCUCCGCCAUCUAUGCGGAGCCUCUGUACUUCGGAAAUUCAAUGAAUCGGUAUGCAUCCACCCCUGCAUUAAAAAAUAUGUCAUCUGCAAGGACAGCGCAGGCCAGGUGGCGCGACACCGCUGAACUUCGAUUCAACGAAGUGCCCAUGACUCAUCUGGCAGAAAUUGUCACAUUACAGUGACAAAAUCGGACUAAUGAGGCUGACUUCGACGUAAUGGUAGACCGGGAGUAAGGCCCUCAUCUAAACGUGCCACAACGCCUCUUGCACAGACAAGAAAACUCAACACAAAAAAUCUCGGCAAAACAGCAUCGGUUGCCUGCUUUGGAUUCCACCUGCAACCCAGAGCAGCUAUCGGGGUGUUGUCGCUGGCUAAGCACAGUUCACUGAAACGCUGGAUUAACGUUGGGCAUCAGAUAGGGGCCAAGUUUAAUAACCACCCACUGCAACAUUUAUUGCGACCGUUCAGGCGACAAAGUAAUAUCACUCGCACAUGAAAACCCCGGUUUGGAGAGUGUGGAAAAGGAAAUGGGUUAACCGUACUGACCUAUGUUAACGAAUGGUAAUGCGAAAAUGUAAUGCAAAACAUUUAGAGUAAAUUUACCCAAUGCCGUAUUUAAGAAUUGAUUAGUCCAUUUUUUGCGAAUUUAUGUGCAAAAAUGUUAAUUAAUCAUUGCAUAACUUUUGAGGAUUUUUUUGUACUUUAUGGUAAAGGUAUAACAUAAUAAGAGGCGUGGUUUCAUAAACAUAAAAUGGUUACCUGCAUGCAUCAAAGCCAAAAAUGACUUUCAUGGACCUUCCAUGAGCGUUGCGGCUAAAAAAACUAUAUUUUUCCAAAAAUCUGCUUAAAUGGUGCAUUUGGCGACAUGUCACCAGGACUGAUCUUAAUAGCGUUUACAGCAAAAGUUGUGAUAACUUUAAACUAAAACUAGCAAUGCGGCUAGUAAAUAAAGUUCAUUUCAUACAAGGCUGGCAGUGAACCUUAUACAGGUUAAACGUUUGGGGAAAUGUUGCAACUAGGCUUUCAUAUCUACCUUUCUAAUUCCCUUCAGUUGAUCAACACGUGUGAGAAGAAUGGACGCAACACGUAUCCAAUGCGUAAAGAAAUCCUUUGGGGUAAGGGACUCGGCAUGGGCAUGAACCUCCCUGGCAUGGGCCGGAUGCGAACAAGCGCCGCAGACAACGAUCCAGAUUGCCAAACUCUACCAGAUUUUAUUCCAGGAAAGGAACACGUAGAACUCUGA